UGGAGAGAAGUCGCCAGCUGCAGCUUUCCCCGCUGAGUCAAGCCCCUGACUCUCGUCCGGAGUUUUCCGUAACUCUUUCCUGCUUGUCACUGUUUUUUUAAAACAUGUAAACCUGAUUGUUAUUUUUAGUCAUCUACGUGUAGUUCGUCUUGUUAGAUUUUCCUCCUACUUCUGGUCCUCCUCACUGCCGGGUAUGCGUACAGUUCAUCUGCUGAGAAGCACCUCCUCCUUCUCCUGCAGUGGUGGCACGAUAUUUAGCAUGACACAUUUUUCAGGAUUUGCUCUCCGAUUGAGGUUUCAAAUGCUGCAGUUCUUCACUGAGAUGUUCUCCUGAGUUAAAGUUCAUAUCUUGACGAAGGCUUUCCUGAGAAUUAUUCACCUGACGACACACAAUGGCCUCCAAUAUCAUUGUGGAGCAGCAGUUUUCUCACAGAUUCAUAGUGACGGUGGUUCGAGCCGAGAGUGUCACCAAGGGAGCACUGGGUGACCUGUUGGACACCCCAGAUCCAUAUGUGGAGCUGUUCAUCCCAACGGCCCCAGAGAGCAGAAAGAAGACCAAGCACAUAGACAACGACAUCAACCCAAAAUGGAACGAGACCUUUCAUUUUAUUUUAGAUCCAAACCAGCAAAACGUCCUGGAGUUAACAUUAAUGGACGCCAAUUAUGUGAUGGACGAGACACUUGGGACGACGACAUAUGAAAUCUCCAAGCUCAGAGUAGGCCAGAAAAAGAUGGAGUCCUUCCUCAUUGGCAAAGCAACCAAAGUAUACUUAGAGAUGUCGCUGGAGAUCUGCACCAAACUGGACCUGCGGUUCAGCCUGGCGUUGUGUGACAAAGAGAAGCAGUUCAGACAGACCCGCAGGGAGAGAGUGAUGCUGGGCAUCAAGAAGCUGCUCGACAUGGAGAAGCCUCGUUUCCUCCCCAGCUCUCCAGAGGAGGUACCAGUGAUAGCCAUAGCAGGCUCAGGAGGCGGUUUCCGCGCCAUGGUUGGCUUUUCAGGUGUGAUGAAAGCCCUGUUUGAGUCUGGGGUCCUGGAUUGUGCAACAUAUGUUGCAGGCCUCUCCGGAUCAACAUGGUACAUGUCUACUCUCUACUCCCACUCAGACUUUCCAAAUAAGGGCCCAAAAGACAUUAACCCAGAGCUGAUGAAGAGAGUUAGCAGUAACCCACUGAAGCUGUUGCUGCCCCAACACAUCACCAACUACAUCCAGGCCCUCUGGACCAAAAAGGCUUCAGGGCAGCCUGUUACCUUUACUGAUAUCUUCGGUAUGCUCAUAGGAGAGACGCUCAUUCCUGCGAGGAUGGACAUCAAACUGAGUGACAUCCAAGAGAAAAUAAACCAGGCUCAGAGUCCUCUUCCUCUCUUCACUUGUCUGCAUGUUAAGCCAGAUGUUUCUGAGCUCAUGUUUGCAGAUUGGGUGGAGUUCAGCCCGUAUGAAAUUGGAAUGGCAAAGUACGGCACCUUCAUGACCCCAGACUUGUUUGGAAGCAAAUUCUUCAUGGGAACAGUUGUCAAGAAAUAUGCAGAGAACCCUCUUCAUUUUCUGAUGGGUGUAUGGGGCAGCGCCUUCUCCAUUCUGUUCAACAGAGUGCUGGGAGUCAAAGACACAGCUGGUGGCAGCACCAUGGAGGAAGAGUUAGAGCAGAUCAAACCGCAGCACAUCGUCGGAGAAGACAGUCUGGAUAAUGACGAUGAGCCACGUAAAGCCGGAACAGAGAACCAGGAGGCAGAGGACGAGUACCAUCGCACUGCUAAAGCCAGCUGGGGUGAACGAAUGUUCACGUCGCUCUUUAGUGACUCAUCCCUGUUCAACACAAGAGAGGGCCGCGCUGGGAAAGUGCAUAACUUCAUGCUGGGCCUGAACCUGAACACCAGCAUGCCGUUCUCACCGGCAAGUGAGGUGCCAUGCUAUGCCCCAACACCUGAGGAGGAGGUGGAUGCUGUCACAGACCCAGACGAGUUUGAUCGAAUAUACGAGCCUCUCGAUGUGAAGAGCAAAAAGAUCCAUGUAGUGGACAGCGGCCUGACCUACAACCUUCCCUACCCUCUCAUCCUGCGGCCACAGCGUGGCGUCAACCUCAUCAUCUCCUUUGACUUUUCUGCACGACCCAGUGACUCCAGCCCUCCAUUCAAGGAGCUCCUGUUGGCAGAAAAGUGGGCUCGGAUGAACAAGCUUCCGUUCCCCAAGAUCGACCCCAAAGUGUUUGACCGUGAGGGCCUGAAGGAAUGCUAUGUCUUUAAACCAAAAAAAGGGGAAAAGAACUGCCCAACUGUCAUCCACUUUGUCCUGGUCAACAUCAACUUCAGGACAUUCAAGGCACCUGGUGUUCCCAGAGAGACUGAGAUGGAGAAGGAGCUGGCUGAUUUUGACAUCUUUGAUGACCCCGAGUCACCAUUCUCCACUUUUAACUUCCAGUACUCUAACGAGGCUUUCACCCGACUGCAUGACCUCAUGGAGUUCAACACUCUCAACAACCUGGAGGUGAUCAAAGAGGCCAUAAAGGACUGCAUCGUGUCCCUGAAGGAGAACCCCUCAUGUCGCUCUGUCCCAUUCUCCCUCAGUGCGAUCCCGAAAAAAAAGUUUGUCAAAAGAGAUUCUCUGGCAAAACCCUGGAACCUCCUAGGAAAUGAUAAGCAGUAGCCUAAUCUGAGACUUUGGAUAAAGCGGACUUUAGCGAUUUUUUUUCUCUUUUGUAGACUCAGUCUUAAAGGAAAGCAUUUUCUUUUUGGAAAACGCUGUCAUGUUGAUCUCUUUUCUGUAUACCAAUCAUACUUUUAAUUUUGUAAAGAACCUCAAUGUUUACUGGUAAAGGCCUUAUGAUUGCAUUCAUUUACAGCACAGUGAGAAUUUUCAUCUGGCUUCAUUUGCACGACCGCUGGGAAAACUGUUGGUGUUUAUUGACUACAAACAGCUUGCUGGCCUUGUGAACGACUGGAUGUUGAAAAUCGACACUUACUAAACACUGCAGUGUGACUGGAUUAUUACAGCAAACACCUGGCUCCAUCACAAACAACAGAAGAUUGUUUGUGUGUCAACUUUUGUUUUUACAUUUACUGAGAAUCCCAAACUCCGCUAUCUCUUAGCUGUUCGUGUGCAAAAGAAAUGUCCACACCAGAUUUUAAAUACAUCGUGUGAAUUUUCUACUCCAGUUGCAACAUUCCCAAUUCACGUGCACACCUCUAAGCUUCAGCUUGUGUUGCGUUUGCAUCUUUCCUAACGCUUUUUAUGCAAUUAUUUUUAAAUUUAGCUUGGAGCUGUGUGAGCGGACUGCUCCCCCUAACUGUAUCUGUAGCUGUUUGUUAGCUGAUCUAUUUCCAUAUUGACUACAGAGCAUGUAAAUCAAUGUUUUUGUUUUUUUUCCAUUGGAUGGCUCGUCUAAACAUGUAAUCCUGUUUGUCUAAACAUGGAAGAGGAGCUUGUAACCACUGCUUUUAUUUCAUGCCAACUCCUAAACACGCCAUGUGCACCCCCUCUGGAUACCUCAAACAUCCUGAUGAUGCUCACCCACCUACAUGGAAGGAGCACUCCCUGCUCCCAUGUAGGGCGUGUCUCUUAUAAAGCCACCAUUUUGGAAAAACAGAACUUGAUGCCAUAGAAACGGUGCUUGUUCUCUCCGUCUGUCUCCCUAUUUUCCUGAUCAUGUUGCUUCAGGCUGCCUUUCAAAUACAGGAACAGUUUGUUUUUCUCAGGCAAUUUCCUCCUCCAGCAAACCUGACUCACUACAGGAUGUCUUGAAUGCCCCCUGUAUGAUAAAGUGGAGCUUGGGUCAGUCUGGGUGGAGGUGGCGAGUGCGAUAAGGAGACCCACUCGCAGUUGCGCUCUGCGGCACUCAGUGGAAUUUGACACACUACACCUACACCUGCAGCAGUGGAGGCCUGGAAUCUGACGCACUACACCUAUACCUGCAGGGGCUCACAGGCUACACACAGAGCAGUGGAAUUUUACACUGAAGCUCCUCCAACCCGUCUAUGCUCAUGUUUCAGCCCCGCUGGUUUGGAGGAAACAGAGAAAAGAAAAAUGGUAUUCUGUGGUCUUACUGCAGGGUUUCAUGACCCACAAAUCUUUGCAGCUAUUGGAUUUUGAACAGAUCACUUGUUUUUGCAUGUCACCAGCAAUGUCAUGUUUUCCUCUAUUUUACUUUCAUUUAUUUCACACCACUCUCAUGACUGUCUGUUACAUAGAGAGCCGAAGUCAUGACGUCAUGUCAGGACUAGUCUCUGUUCUACAAGCUUCUCUACUCGUCUGUGUAUGUGUUGUUUAAGCUGAGGCUGAGACAGACACAGACACACAGAGAGAGACAGAGAGAGACAGAGACACACACACACACACACACACACACACACACACACACAAAACAUGGUUGUAGUCAGAACAAACAGGAGCAAAGGGGGAAGGCAGUAUAUGUAGCCUGUCGUUAGGGUGAAGUGAUUGCACCUGAGGGUGGCGGUUCCUCAUCAGGCAGGGUUUUGUGCUGUCCUCUUCCUCAGGUGUGAUCAUUUAAUCAUUUGACGGGGACUUAAUGACUGUAACUCAAUGCAGUGUCUCAUUUAGCAUUUAUUCAUUGGUCAAGACAAAAGAUAUCCACUCGGGGUGAAUCAUCAGCAUCACGAUACAAUAUUUUGCUGAUUUUAAAUGUAUUGCGAUAGCAUAUAUUGCAAUAUAUGUGAUUUAUUACCCCUUUUUUUCAAUACCAAUUUAUUUCCUCAACAGGAAACUUGCUCAAUAUUCGUUUUUAUAUAAUAAGAUAAAGCUUUCAUUCUGCCACAGCUUCCAUGAAAAUGGGCUUUCAUCCCAGUAACUACUUGUCUGAUGUCAUACAGAUUUGUGAACUUGUUCCAUUCUGUUUCCAGUCAAAUAGUGGACUGGAUGGAUUAUUAUUUCUGGACCCAAAGUAGCAAAGUAACUAACCAAUGUUCACUCCUCGCCCCCUUUGUCGAGCCAUGACCUUUAGCUCAGAAAGUUCUAGAACUUAUGUGAAAUAGUGUUUGUUUAAGGCUGCUAAAAAAAAAAAAAACAAUAUUAGACUGACUAUUAGACUGGUUAGCUUAGCUUAGCAUAAAUUCAGGAAACGAGGGAAUACAGAUAGCUUGUUUUUUUUUUUCAAAAUGUGCAAAACUUCAAAUGUUCCUUCAGAUUAAAAAAGAAGAUGGUGGAUUUUUUUACAGCCAGGCUAGCUAUUGCCUCUUUUGCUUUUAUACAAAGGGAAGUUAACAGUCUACUAGUUGUAUCUCUUUUAUGUACAAGACAGACAUGAGAGCGAUGCCAAUCCUUUCAUCAAGGUUAAUUUGCAAAAAAAUGCUAAUACCCUACAUUUCCUAAAAUGUUGAAAUACUGCUUUAAAUUUAUAAUCAAAGUUUUGUGCAGCAAAACAAGCAUUUGUGAUUUUAAUUGACAUUUUGUCGAACUCUGUGAGCUGUCAUGUUACACCUUUUUUUCGUAUAUUUGAUAUUUUUCUUCGUUAUUUCAGGUAAUUUAGAAAGCAUACAUGAGCUGUAGCAAUUCUAUUUUCUGAUAUUAUUUUGUUAUAUUAUAUUUUUCUGAUCUUUGACAAUGUUUACAAAUAUGUAUGAUGCUAAAUGGUCAGUUCUUGGGAAUCAAGAUGUGUACAUAAAUACUCCUGUGAUCAUUAACUGUAACUGGCAAAGCAUGUCAUACAUAAUGUUUAUGUGCAUCGUAAAACAAGGAUGAUAAUAAAAGAGAGAAUUAGUAUUGCA